AUGGGGCUUCGAAUUCCAAGAAUUGAGAGACCACACCUAAAGGUCGAACAACCUAGAUCAGCAUUCGCGGCAGGAAAUGAGAGAUGGACUAACAAAGACCUUGACCCUGUUCCGCCAGCGGGAAGGAAAUGGGGUGUCACAUCGUUCAUCAGCUAUUGGAUUUCUGAUGCGUUCAAUGCAGCAACUUGGCAAUUCGCAGCUGGCAUCAUCGCCGUCGGAUUGACCUGGCGUGAGAGUUUGGGAAUUGUCGCGCUAAGUUUCUUCAUAAUCUCGUUUGUGAUCGCGUUCAAUGGCGCUAUUGGUGUCCUUCACCACGUCCCCUUUCCCGUCAUCGCUCGAGCAAGCUGGGGGUUUUGGGGCUCGUACGUCGCCAUCAUCUCGCGAGCCAUUCUUGCUAUUUUCUGGUUUGCGAUCCAGACAAUGAACGGGGCGAACACAGUGCGCGUUAUGAUUGGUGCCAUUUGGCCGUCUUUCUUGACUCUGCCAAAUCAUAUACCCGAGUCCCAGGGCAUCGACGAUGCGACGAUGAUCUCGUUCUUUUUGUUUUGGCUGGGCCAGCUCCCGUUCCUCUUCAUGCAUCCCAACCAAUUGCGAUUUCUCUUCAUGGCAAAAUCGAUCAUCGUCCCUGCUGCCUGGCUGGCAAUAAUGAUCUGGGCACUCGCUUCAUCGAAAGGUGGUCAUAUCUUCGAUCAAACUGCAUCGGUGUCUGGAUCUGCCUACAGCUGGGCUUUCCUGUCAUCGAUGACUUCGGUUAUCGGCAACUAUGCAACACUUUCUGUCAAUCAAGCCGACUUUUCCAGAUACUCACGGGUCUCUGUGAAGUGGCAAUGUGUCUAUGUCCCCAUGUUGCCACUGUUCUUCACCUUUAUAGCCUUUAUCGGUAUCGCCGCAUCAUCAGCUGGAGGUUACCACUAUGGGACACUAGAAUGGGAUCCGAUGGCUUUGGUUUCCCAUUGGGACAAUCGAGCAGCACGAUUUUUCGCUGCGUUCUCCUUCGCACUGGCUGCAUUGGGGGUAAACAUCAGUGCUAACAGCUUGUCAGCAGCGAAUGACCUAAUGGCGCUUGCUCCUCAGUUCAUCAAUAUUCGUCGAGGGCAACUCAUUUGCGCCGUGGUUUGCUGGGCACUAGUGCCAUGGAAAAUCUUGAAAUCAGCAGGCAACUUCCUGAACUUCAUGGCGGCUUAUGCCAUUUUCCUGGGUCCAAUAGCUGCAAUCAUGCUGUUUGAUUUCUGGGUGGUCCACAAGAGAAAAUAUGACACGAUCGCCUUGUAUAACCCUUGCGGCAUAUAUCGUUACACCUACGGUGUCAACUGGCGAGCGAUAGUAGCAUUUCUCAGCGGGGUGGCGCCCAGUUUGCCUGGCUUCAUCAACGGUAUAAACAAUAAUGUUGAUGUUGGUGUUGGCAUUCACCCUUACCAAUUUGGGUGGCUCCUUGGCUUUUGUGGUACGGCGCUUGUUUACACCGUCCUAUCACUUGUGUUCCCAGCAAAGGAGACCUUCAUUGCAACGCCUGUACGCCCCGAUGAGAUAUUUGCUCAGCAGGACGGGGUUCCGGGGUCAGAGGAGGAGACUGGAAGUGGAGAGGUCGAAGUGAUUGAUGGGGAGAAGAGGGGAUUUAGGCACCGCCUAGAGAAGUUUUUAUAG